ACAAGGGUGUGUCGGCGGCCACCAUCACGUUAACCCUCAAUGAAAACAUAUCACCUCUAGCUAGAAGGCUAGUUGCACCUCUCCGCCGCAAAAUCCCGCCGACAGCACGACACCCGCAGCAGGCUACUUCGACAAGCGCAUGAACUGGGAUGUCUGCAGCCGACUGGUACGCUCACAAAUCGCUCGGAGACGGUAUCUUCUGGAUCCAGGAGCGGUUCUACCAGUCAGACAACCGGGCCAACAUCUGGCUGCUCCGCGGCUCACACCAGGACGUGGUGAUAGACACCGGGCUGGGCUUGAGGAGCUUACCUGACUACAUCGACGCCAAGGGGCUGCUCGGCAAAGAUCCGCAGAGGAAGAACCCGCUGCUGGCCGUCGCCACCCACGCCCACUUCGACCAUUCGGGCGGGCUGCAUCAGUUCCAACAGGUGGGCGUCCACAGCGCCGAGGUCGAUGCCUUGGCCAACGGAGACAACUUCGAGACGGUCACCUGGCUCAGCGACAGGGAGAUAGUCGAGGCUCCCAGUCCGGGAUGGAGGGCAAGGCACUACAAAGUGAAGGCUGUGCAGCCUACGCACAUACUGCAGGAAGGUGAUGUCAUCAACCUGGGCGACAGGCAGCUGACGGUCCUCCACAUGCCCGGUCACUCCCGGGGCAGCAUCUGCCUCCACGACCAUGACAAUAAGUUGCUCUUCAGCGGAGAUGUUGUGUACGACGGCUCCAUGAUCGACUGGCUGCCCUACAGCCGCGUCAGCGACUACGUCAGCAGCUGUGAGCGCCUGGUUGGGCUGGUGGACAGCGAACAGGUUGACCAAGUCCUCCCAGGACACUACAACACCUUCGGUGCCAAGCGGCUCCACCGAAUUGCAUCGACGUACAUCAGCCGAGCCGGAACGUGCCCCGCAAAGUUCUCCACGUUCGCCUGGAGAACUCUGGCCGGGGUGGCGCUGCGGGCGUGUAAUCCACGGAGCGCCUGCUAAUGAGAGGGGAUCAUGGAGCUGGAGGAAGCACAAGUGCACAAAGAUAAGUGUUUAAAUAUGAAGGACGUGAAAGAGGGUCAUUUAUCUCCAACUUGAUGUAACAUUGUUCAUUUACUCAUGUAAUCCAACAGAAAUCAUAUAAUUGCCAAACUUUGUGUAAAAUGCACCUAUUGGGUUACAUAAGUCAAUAAUCCUAAUGAUAUGAAGCAUAUAAUAUAAAGUAUUUAUUCAUGUGAUAUGUAUAUGUUGGGUUUAAUAUGAUUAUAUGUAUCUUUUUUUUAUACUUUAAGCAGUUGUGAAAUUAUAAUAGCACAACAAUGGUACAACUCUGCACUGCAGACAGUAAGCAGGGAGCUUCAGGCUCCCCUCCGAGGCAUUUGAAACAGAGUCAAUAUGGCCAUAGUAUUUCUCUAUGCAUUUUACAAUGCUCAGUGAAGACUCAGUGUCGACUACCUCCUAUGUUUGUAACAGUGCUUUGUACUAUUGACAAAUCUAAGGCUUUGCUAUCAAACAUUGACAAUAAAGCAUCUGUUCUGCCUGCC